AUUGUAGAAUUCCAGAAGUAGAUUCCCAAUCUAUCUGCGGAUAGAUUCUGUAGUUUUCAGACGUAGUCUGUGCAGUUAGUUGCUCGCCGUCUUUUCUUUAUUGGUUCGGCGGGCUUCAGUUCGCUUUAGGUUAGGCGAGGGUUGUGCAAGCACCAGCAGAGUGUCAUCUAUGCCACCUCAUCCUGUGUUACAGCAGCGGUUGCAGAGUUGUGCGGAUAUGUCACCACUUUGGGUUUUCGGUUACGGUUCUUUGGUUUGGAAAGCUGACUUUCCCCACUCCGACAAGAAAGUUGGACACAUCUGUGGAUUCAUGAGAAGAUUCUGGCAAGCCAGCACGGAUCACAGAGGCGUUCCUGGAGCGCCCGGACGUGUCGUCACGUUGCUACCCUCUGAUCAGGAAACGACUUGGGGUGUUGCUUACAAAGUUGAACCAGAAGAUGCAGAAGAGGUCAUGUCUUAUCUAAACUUCCGUGAAAAGAAUGGGUAUGACAAGUACAAGGUUCCCUUUUAUCCACUGGGUGAAGAAACCAGCUCAAUGGAUGUCCUUGUAUUUGUAGCAACUCCUGACAAUGAGCAUUUUCUUGGAGCAGAGCCCCUCUGCAGUAUGGCGCAGCAAAUAGCAACAUCCGUUGGCCCCAGCGGUGCUAACACUGAGUAUCUGUUUCGCUUGGCUGAUGCAAUGCGAGAGCUGUGCCCUACUGUGCAGGACGAUCACUUAUUUGAACUAGAGCGCGCCGUCCGCAGCAUCCUCGCUGCGCCGCCUAGCUAGCCACGCACAUCUCCGUCAUGGGCAGCUGCCUGUCCUCAAGUCCUGUGAAACCUCAACGCAAGGUUACUGGUAGUGUAGUGGCAUAUGUGCUCCACUAGCACCUUGACUGAUACCUGUGCCUGAAUCCACCCAUCAGAUCGAGUAUGCUUUUAUUUUAUUUUAUUGAGCGCUGAACUAGAAAUCAAAGCAUGUCUACAAUCCCUAUAUUAUACGGUUAUCUCAUCCUCUUGGACCAUAUUUAUUUGCCAUAUUCAAGAUGAAAGCAGACUUAUGUAGAUCGCUACUGCUGGCUUGACAAUCAAGGGUGUCAAGUGUCGAAACUCUAUUUUCAAUACCCUAAUAAACAUGGAACCCGCAGCAAUUAUUUUCACACUACGCCUUCCCACAUUGCUGUUCUCGCACCGAUUGGUCGAGCCGAUGUGGUGCUCUAUAUUUAUAUUCCGGCAUGAGUUAGUUGCCUGUCCGUCGUGCGCCUAUUGCUGAUAUGGACCCUCUGGUCUUAAGUGAUUGUUCUGAAGACUGCUGUAUUUUGAUGUUGGCUUUUGGCCGGGCUUCCACUGUGCCACGUGUGUGCUUUCUAGGGAGAUGCUUUCACACGCGCGUUGCAUCCUCAGCCCGUUCUUAUAUUUUCUACUCUUUUAACUUAACCUUGCUGCCUCGUUGCCUUGCUCAUACCCUCUUGCUUCUCUUCUAUUUUAGCUAGUAGUGCAUCUGGUGCACUGAGCAGAAUAAUGAUUGUUCUAACUACAUGUAUUGCCAAGAGUUCAUAACCCCCAAUAUGAACUCUUGGUAUUAGGGAGGUUUAGUCCCACGUAAUCCGUGGGUACUUUACGUGGGUGCACCACGUGAUACUCAGUGA